CUUAGUUUUUCGAGGCAAAACAAUCAGUUGUUUUUCAAACGGAAUAUACACAGCAAGUGUUAAAUUAAAAAAACGUAAAUAAAAAAUAUUCAAUUUAAUAUUUUUUAUAUAAUUAAAUAACAAAACAAGAAAUGUUCAAAUUAUUAUCUACAUAUUUCUUACUAUUACUUGCUGUGGACUUUAUAAAUUGUCACGGCCACUGGAAUGGCCCUGGCAUGAGCAAUAGCCGUUUUAUACGUGGUUUUGAGCAGAAUUUUUGUCGCACCCCUUUAGAUCAAAUGGGUUCUUGUGUUUCGUUGAAAUUUUGCCCCGAAGUUUUAACUUUAUUUACAAAACUACCACAAAAUUCAGCCAAACAAUAUUCCAUGAAUUUGCAAAGAAUAUGCGGUAAUCGUAUAACGCCCGAUCAGUACCCAGUGGUUUGCUGUACUACAGUAUCAAGAAUAGACAACUCAGAGCCCUCGACUUCUUCUAGCACAACAACAACUACGACGACAACUAGCACUACAGAAGGUCCUGUAGAAACUGUUACUGCGAAUAAAAAUUUAAAUACUCAAGAAUCAAGCUGUUUUACCAAAGAUUUUAAAACCGGAACUUGCAAACCUCUUCAAGACUGCCCCGUCCUAUAUGAAGAACUUAAAAGAGAUCCCAACAAUGAACAAUUCAAGACAGACCUCCGAAAUUCACAUACAUCAUGUGGUGGUCAAAGUACCAUUAUCUGCUGUCCGCCCGAACAGAAUUCCUCAUCAACACGAGUUGCCAACAACAAUAAUACUCAAAUACAUCAGUUGCCCACCGAAGAAGAAGGUUGUGGUCUCGUUAAUGUUACAUUACCCAAAAUUGUGGGUGGUGAAGAAAGUCAAAUAGGAGCUUGGCCAUGGAUGGCUUUAAUUGGUUAUGAUCCUUAUAGUGUUAGACCAUUUCGUUGUGGUGGUAGUUUAGUGUCGGCGAGACAUGUUAUAACAGCAGCUCAUUGUAUACGACAUGAUUUGUCGUUCGUACGUUUAGGCGAAUUUGAUUUGUCUAUUGAAUCGGAAACACGGCAUGUGGAUGUCAAUGUUAUUAAGCAUUCAAAACAUCCUCAAUAUGGUAAAGAUCGUCGCUCAGAUCUGGCCAUAUUAUUAUUGGAACACAUUGUGCAGUUUACAGAAUUAAUUGCUCCCAUUUGCAUGCCCAAUUCGGUGCAAUUACGUACGCGUUCUUACAUAGACUCAAUGCCUUAUGUUGCUGGUUGGGGUUAUACCAUGCAGGGUGGUACUCCAUCGCAUGUUUUGAAACAGGCCCAAUUGCCCAUACAACCUAAUGAUGUCUGUCGUCGUAUCUAUGGAAAUCUUUUGCCAAGCAUACCGGCCGAAGAUUUUAAUGAUUCAAUAUUUUGUGCCGGCUAUACUAUUGGGGGCACUGAUACUUGUCAAGGCGAUUCGGGGGGACCUUUAAUGAUACCGGAACUUUAUAAAGGCAUUACCCGUUACUACUUAAUAGGUGUGGUAUCCUAUGGUCACGGAUGUGGCAAAGUUCCUGGAAUUUAUAUUAAUAUCCAAAAGAAAAUGGAUUGGAUUUUAGAACAAAUGCAAGAAAUGUAAUGUUUACCGUUGAAUUGGAACCACAUAUGACAGUAAAUUAGGUCAACCAUAUAUCAAAUUCUUAUUAUUAAGCUGCUCUCUCCACAAAAUUCCUAAAUUUUCUUCAAAAAUUCAAAACAAUUAAAAAAAAUACAAAAAAGUCUCGAACUUUAGUUCAUUAUGAUGUGCUGUAGCCGAUUCUAUAGUCUAGACAAUAUUCAAUUCUAAAGUCUACACCAUAGUUGAGUCUGUAGUGUAGGCUAGCCUAUUACCCUAUAUUCUGGUCUAUAGUCUGUACUAUAGUCUGUAGUCCAGACUAUAUUCCCGACUAAAGUCCAUACUAUAGUCCAGACUAUAGCACAGACUAUAGUCCAGACUAUAAUACAGACCAUAGACCAGACUAUAGUCCAGACUAUAUAC